ACAGUGCAGUUACUGUAUAUUUGUGUCUCUCUGGCACACUGUCAUUUUGCACAGCAUCACUAUGCAUAAUAAAUUAAUAUAAAUAAGUCAUAUUUGUUUAUUAAAAACAUUUGCAGCAAUGUUUAGAAUACUACAAUUAUGAUGCAGAAAAAGUGAUUAGUGCAUUACUUGAUGAUACUCUUCCUAGCAGUUUAAACAAAUUGGAUAGAUCAAUGAAAAGUACUCGGAAGUCGUCCAUUCUUUCCAGUCGUAAAAAUAUAUAUGAUAAUGAUGAAUUUGAUGUAUUUUCAACUGAUAAAAUAGAUAAAAGUAGAAUUCAUAAAGGCAAACGAGAAGAUAAACUUUUAGAUAUAAACAUUGUUCUAAAACAAGAUAAAAAUGCCUCAGCUUUAAGAGAAAUAUAUCAAAAAUAUGAUGUCAUAGAAGAAACAGAUGACACUUUAUAUGAAGAUGAAUAUGAUGACACAUAUGAUGAUAGAAAUCUUGGACCUGAAGAGCCACCUUCUCCUGAUGACAUGUUAUAUAAAAGGUAAAAUUGUUUCAUAUUU